UCCAUUUCACUCCUCACUGAGCCUCACUGGCUUUAGGGGCUAAAACCUCUUUCAGGACACUUUCAGGCGGGACAGAAAGAAGGGUUUGGGGACCACUAUGUUCUCAUCACAGCAGAAACUAAAAAUGCCUAGGAAGAUGGUCGUGAUCUUUGGAGCCUCAAAUGUUCUUUGGAUGGUGUUUGCUGUUUCUCAAGCUUUUAAAAUGGAAAUCUUCCCUGAACACAGAGUUAUUGCUCAGAUCGGUGAUGUCAUUUCACUCACUUGCAGUACAACAGGCUGUGAGCCCCCAUCUUUCUCCUGGAGAACCCAGAUAGACAGUCCGCUGAAUGGGAAGGUGAGAAAUGAGGGGAACAGCUCCACGUUGACCAUGGAUCCUGUUAGUUUCAACAAUGAACAUGCUUACGUGUGCACAGCAACUUGUGGAUCUAAGAAACUGGAAAAAGGAAUUCAGGUGGAGAUUUAUUCUUUCCCUAAGGACCCAGAGAUCCAUCUGAGUGGCCCCCUAGAACUUGGGAAGCCAGUCACAGUCACGUGUAUGGUCCCUGAUGUUUACCCAUUUGACAGGCUGGAGGUAAAUUUGAUGAAGGACGAUGAGCUCUUAAAGAAUAAGGAAUUCCUAGAGCCUAUGGAAAGGAAGUCCCUGGAGACCAAGAGUUUGGCGGCAACCUUCAUUCCUACCAAUGAGGAUAUUGGGAAAGCUCUUGUUUGCCAAGCGAAAUUAAACAUUGAUGAAUUUGACUUUGAACCCAAAGAAAGGGAGACUGCAAAAAAACUGCAAGUCUACAUCUCACCCAAGAACACAGUUAUCUCUGUGAGUCCCUCCACGAAGCUGCAAGAAGGUGGUUCUGUGACAAUGACAUGUUCCAGUGAGGGUCUUCCAGCCCCACAGAUUUUCUGGAGCAAAAAAUUAGAUAAUGGGAAUGUACAGCUCCUUUCCGGGAACGCAACUCUGACUUUAAUUGCUAUGAGGAUAGAAGAUUCUGGAAUUUAUAUGUGUGAAGGAGUCAAUCAGGUCGGGAAAGAUGGAAAAGAGGUGGAAUUAAUUGUUCAAGAGAAACCAUUCAUUGUUGAGAUCUCCCCCGGACCCCAAGUUAUUGCUCAGAUUGGAGAAUCAGUUGUGUUGACAUGUGGUGUCACAGGCUGCGAGUCCCCAUCUUUCUCUUGGAGAACGCAGAUAGACAGCCCUCUGAGUGGGCAGGUGAAGACUGAAGGGAGCAAGUCUACGCUGACACUGAGCCCUGUGAGUUUUGAGAACGAACAUUCUUACCUGUGCACUGUGACCUGUGGCCUGAAGAAACUGGAAAAGAGAAUUAGUGUGGACCUCUACUCAUUCCCUAGAGAUCCAGAGAUUGAGAUGAGUGGUCUACUCGUGAGUGGAAACCCAGUCACUGUGAGCUGUGAGGUUCCUAAUGUGUAUCCUUCUGACCGGCUGGAGAUUGAGUUAUUUAAGGGGGAGAGUAUCAUAGAGAGUAAAACCUUUCUGGAGGACAUGGACAAGAAAUCUCUGGAGACUAAGAGUUUGGAUAUGACCUUCAUCCCCACCACUGAAGAUACUGGAAAAGUUCUUGUUUGUCUGGCUCAGUUACACAUUGGUGAAAUGGAAUUUGAACCCAAACAAAGGCAGAGUACACAGAUGCUUCAUGUUAACGUUGCCCCCAGGGAUACAACCAUCUUGGUCAGCCCCUCCUCCAUCCUGGAGGAAGGUAGUUCUGUGAAUAUGACGUGCUCUAGCAAUGGCCUCCCAGCUCCGAAAAUCCUGUGGAGCAGGCAGCUAAAUAAUGGGGAUCUACAGCCUCUUUCUGAGAAUUCAACUCUCACCUUAACUUCUACCAAAAUGGACGAUUCUGGUAUUUAUGUGUGUGAAGGGAUUAACCAGGCAGGCAUAAGCAGAAAAGAAGUCGAAUUAAUUAUCCAAGUUGCUCCGAAAGACAUACAACUUAUAGCUUUUCCUUCUGAGAGUGUCAAGGAAGGAGACACUGUCAUUAUCUCCUGUACAUGUGGAAAUGUUCCAAAAACUUGGAUAAUCCUGAAGAAAAAAGCAGAGACGGGAGACACAGUGCUAAAGUCGAGAGAUGGUGCAUAUACCAUCCACAAGGUCCAGUUAGAGGAUGCGGGAGUGUACGAAUGUGAAUCUAAAAAUGAGGCUGGCUUGCAAUUAAGAAGUUUAACCCUCGAUGUUAAAGGAAGAGAAAAUAACAAGGAUUAUUUUUCUCCUGAACUUCUUGUGCUCUAUUGUGCAUCUUCCUUAAUAAUACCGGCCAUUGGAAUGAUCAUCUACUUUGCUAGAAGAGCCAACAUGAAGGGGUCAUAUAGUCUCGUAGAGGCACAGAAAUCAAAAGUGUAGCUAAUGUUUGAAAUGUUCAACUAGAGACACUAUUUAUCCAUCCAGAUGCUUAAUACUGCUCAUCAUUCCAUGAGGAAAACCAGCUAAGAGUACAGACUUCC